AUGCCUCCCAACGUGUUUGUCAAGAACGGUCUGCGGCAUGUUGCACCGUACAUGAGACGCAUCACUGCCGUUGCUAGGCCGCGCUGGGUGGGGAAGCCAUUUCUGGAGGUUCUGGCGACCGAUUUCCGCGGCAGAGACAUCAGCAGGUUCAGCGAGCUAAUCGAUUCUGGAGACAUGUAUAUCUGGCGACGCACGUCAGCAGGCGUGGAAACCGUCCGCGGUGCACGGUUACGAACAGAAAAACUGCAGCACGGAGACAGAAUCAGCAACAGUAUGCAUCAACAUGAGAAGCCCGUCAUUGCGGCCCCGAUAGACGUCGUUUACGAGGACAGCGAGAUACUGGUGGUGAACAAGCCGGCCGGAAUCCCGGUGCAUUCUACAUCUGGCUACAUUCAGAACACUGUGCUGGAGAUCCUGAAACACGAACAUGGUCAGGGCCAGCUCCAUCUAUUGUAUCGUCUGGACAAGGCUGUUUCUGGGGUGCUAAUCAUGGCUAAAAAUCUAACGAAAUUCAAGCAGCUCCGGGACGAAAUCGACGACAAAAAAAGAGUGCACAAAGAGUACAUAGCUCGCGUCCGUGGCCAGUUCCCGAGCUCUGUAGCAUGCCACGACAAUGUGGUGGACAUUGACCCUUCAAAGAGGUAUCAAUACGGCGGCGUCGGCGCGUCCAAGAGGGCCUCCACAAAUUUCUCGCUACUCGAAUAUAAUUCUGAGCUGGACGAAAGCACGGUGAAAUGCGUGCUUCAAACAGGACGAAAACACCAAAUCCGAAUACAUCUGCGAAAUCUGGGACAUCCGAUCGUGAAUGAUCCACUUUAUGGGCCUUCCGGGAUUUUGAACGAGCCCAUGACCUCGCGGCCGUCCAGUAAAGAAUUUUCUCUACUUCAAGAAAAAGCAGAGCAGCUGCGGAGUGCCAUACUACUUCCCGGGAAGUGUGAGGUGUGCGGGUUCCCAAACCACGUCGACCCGACUCCUGAAGAGCUCGUAAUAUACCUGCAUGCCCGCAAAUACAAGGUGCAAGGGUCCUGGAGCUACUGUGCUCCGGACCCUGACUGGGCCAAAUUUCUAUAG